GAAGCCUUAAUACUAUUCCUUCAGUGCAUCGGAAACCCUCCAAUUACAAACCCUUGCUUGCCUUAAGCUCUACUCAUCCUCUUUAUUUCCCUGCCAUGUCUUCCUAACUCAGUCUCCAAAAAGAAAAAAAAUGCUUACAAGUAGCUCAAACCUUCCUCAAAAGUCCUUAAAAUUAAAGCAAGAUGACAAAAAGGUCUUCUCCAGGCGUCUAGCAAGAGAUGUCUCCUUGUCUAACUUGAGCACAGAAGAUUACCAUGUUGGCGCGUCUGUUGCAGUUCCAUUCACUUGGGAGUCUCAACCAGGCACUCCUAAGAUCAAGUUCAGAGAAAACCCUCUUCCUCCUUUAACCCCCCCGCCGUCCUACUCUUACAACAACCCAAAGAGACCAACAAAAAAGCUCUCUAAGUACAAUCUCUUGGACUCUAUUUUCCCUAAACGUUCUACAAGAAAAGCAAACCUGCCUGUAUCACCAGCUUCUUCAUCUUCUUCUUCGUCGCAGUUAUCAUCCUCAUGGUCAGCAACAUAUUCUGUGCCUUCUUCGCCAACGAAGGUCUCGAAGUCUCGAGGAAGUUGUCAUGGAAAAUCAUCAAGCCCAAGACAAUAUUUUGAUUCAAGGAAAACAAUGCUGGAUCAUCUUGAUGAUCAGGAUCGUGGGAAUGAGUGUGAAUCUCCAGUUUCUACUUUGUGCUUUGGUCUUGGUCGUGGAUCAAGUGCCGGUUCUCGAGGUUGCUAUGCAUCCAUGAUCAAGGUAUUGCUCAGGGAUGCUUAAUAAGUUAAUGAAAUGUACUGUUUGGUAUCUAAACAUGGAUGCUUUAGUCCUUGUCGUUAAAUGAAAGGAAAAAGUCCAUGUUAUAUUAUACCGGUUAUGUAGGUUAAAUCAACGCUGAAACUAGUGAUGAUCGCUGCCAUGGUUGAUUUUCUUGAUUAGUGAAUGAAAGUGAUCAUAUCAUCAAUACAAUCAUAUAUUUUGCUGCUUAA